GCGAUUGGUGAGCGGGGCCGGCAGGUGGCUGCGCGUGCGCAGGGAGGGGAAGGGAGGGGGAGGCUGGGGGCGCGCGCGGUACCUGCGGCAGCUGUUUCCCGCCUUUGCCAGUACGUACGUACGUACGUACGUGCGUGCGCGCGCGCGGCGCGCCUGAGAGUGAGCCGGGCCGACAGGACAGGACAGGGCAGGACAGGACAAUGGCGCUGCCGCCGCUGCUCCUGCUGCUGCUCCCCCCAAAGGGAGCUACACUCAGUACAAUGCCAUUAUAGGAGGUCUUCACAAAUCUUCACUUGGUUUGCCAUCCCUUCAGAAGAGAAUUGGAUGCAACUGUUCCACCCUUGCUGUUGCACAAGUCCGUGAGUUUUCUGUGUAUUUAAGUGGGUUAUGCUUUUUUUUUUUUAAUUUUUUUUUUUUUUAAGAAACAAGUAUAAGAAAUCAGAGGUAUUUUGGGAGGCGGGGCAAAUGCAUAUUUUAUUAACAUUUUGAUUAUGAGAAGGUAAUCUAGCUCAUUUUCAUUAUUUGUAGAUGCAUUUGUUGCCCAAGGAAGUUGUGAAUACUCCAUCCCUGGCAGUGUUCAAGGCCAGGUUGGACAGAGCCUUGGGCGACAUGGUCUAGGGUGAGGUGUCCCUGCCCAUGGCAGGGGGGUUGGAACUAGAUAAUCUUAAGGUCCUCUCCAACCCUAACUAUUCUAUGAUUCUUAAAAGUAGGUCUACUAAAGAAAAACCCGAUUGGUUUUGAAUUCCUAUAAACAUUAUUACUUGCAAAUAGUACUGUAGUCUUAGGUUUGGAUGUCUUUGUUUACCCUCAGGACAUGGACUGUUUGAAGGUGUAUUUGUCAGUGGAAGUGAGCUAUGCGGGAGAGGGGAAUGAGUCUCACUGUGAAAAGUACUUCCCUGGCACUGAUGAAAUCAAAACUGGAUUUAUGUUUGCAUUCUUGUUGUUCUGAAUUUCGUAUCCUUUAGGUUUUUUCCCAGAUGUUUGCCGAAGGACUAAUACCGGGUUUUUGUCUUUUUGAAGCAGCUAAGUAGGUUGUCAAGUUGGCUUGAAAAAAAACCAAAGCAAACCCCACCCCACAGCGCAGCAGAAGAUGUUCCACGUUGUACAAUAUCAGCAUUUAAGACUAAUUACCCAAAACACUCUUUCUAGCAUGUAUUUAAAACUGAUGCCUUCAAGACCUGUUGCCUUUGCACAGAUAUGGAAGUCAUGGUUCUCAAGCCAUUCUCUUGUUGGAAACAAAAAUAUUAUCCUGAUGGGACCUCCAGGUGCUGGGAAGACAACUAUUGGGAGAAUAGUAGGUCAGAAACUAGAUUGCCCUGUCAUAGACAUAGAUGAUGAUGUCCUUGAAACUACUUGGAAUAUGAGUGUGUCGGAAAAACUGCAGGAUGUUGGUAAUGAGCAAUUUUUAGAGGAGGAAGGAAAAGCCCUGUUGGAGUUUUCAGCAUCUGGAAGUGUCGUUUCCCUUACUGGGUCCAAUCCAAUGCAUGCUGCUGGCAUGCAGCAUGUGAAGAAAAACGGAAUAGUUGUUUAUCUGGAUGUGCCCACCACAGUCAUUAUGGGCAGGCUGAAGUCAAUGAAAGUGGAUCGCAUUGUGGGCCAGUCUGCUAGUGUUUCUCUCAAGGACAUACUUCAGUUUAGGAAGCAGUUCUACAAGAGGUGGUAUGAUGUCCGUGUUCUUUGUGGAGAGGAUAUUACAGCAGAGGUUGCAGCAGAAAAGGUACUUGAUGCUGUGAAGAGAUACCAGAACUCAGAACUGGAAACUUUCAUUUCAACUAGGUCUAGUAGGUCUGGAAGGAGUAUGGAAAAAGACUCUGGUAAAUACUUCAGUGAUGUUGUUACACAGGGCUUAGCCUCUGAUGGAGGACUUUUUGUUCCUGAAAGAGGACUUCCAAAAUUCACUGCUGCAGAAUGGCAGAGCCUAAUAGAAGCAACUUACGUUGAAAGAGCCCAGGUGAUACUAGAAAGAUGCAUACAUCCUGCUGAUAUUCCUGCUUCUAAGCUGGCAGAAAUUAUUGAAACUGCUUAUGGAGAAAACUUUGCAUGUUCUAAAAUUGCCCCAGUCAGGCAUCUGACAGGCAAUCAGUUUCUCCUGGAGUUAUUUCAUGGACCAACAGCAUCAUUUAAAGAUUUUGCAUUACAGAUAGUGCCACAUAUGUUUGCAUACUGCAUUCCCAGAAGCUGCAAUUACUUGAUUCUAGUAGCUACUUCUGGUGACACAGGAAGUGCUGUCUUGGAUGGCUUUAGUCGUCUCCAUGACACUGACAAACAGAGAAUUGCUGUGAUGAUUUUUUUUCCUGAGGAUGGAGUAAGCCCAAUUCAAAAAUCACAGAUGAUUGGUUGUCAGAAAGAAAAUGCCUGGUCAGUAGGUGUCAAAUCUGAUUUUGAUUUUUGCCAGACAGCUAUAAAGCAAAUCUUUACUAAUUCUGAUUAUACUGGCUUUCUUACAGUAGAAUAUGGAACAGCUUUAGCUGCAGCAAACUCCAUAAACUGGGCACGACUGCUUCCUCAGAUAGUUUAUCAUGCCUCUGCAUACCUUGAUCUUGUCCAUCAAGAUGUUAUUUCUUUUGGGAGCCCUGUAGAUGUUUGCAUUCCUACAGGAAAUUUUGGCAACAUACUGGCUGCUUUGUAUGCUAAAAUGAUGGGAAUUCCUAUUAGAAAAUGUAUUUGUGCUUCCAAUGAAAACAAUGUUUUGACUGACUUCAUAAGGACAGGUGUUUAUGAUUUGAGGGGAAGAAAACUAGUUCCCACAUUUUCACCAGCAGUAGAUAUUUUGAAGUCCUCUAAUCUUGAGCGAUACUUGCACCUGAUUGCUAAUGAGGAUGGACAGCUAGUGAAACAAUUACAUAACCAGCUGGAAAAUCAGGGCCACUUCCAGCUGCAGGAAGAUCUACUCAAAAAGCUUCAGCAGGACCUUGUGGCUGGAUGGUGCUCCGAGGAGGACUGCCUGACUGCCAUUCACUCUGUGUACAGCAGUACAGGAUAUAUUUUGGAUACACACACAGCUGUUGCUAAAGUAGUUGCAGAUCGAUUACAAGACAGAACUUGCCCAAUUAUUAUUUCAUCUACAGCUCAUUAUUCUAAGUUUGCACCUGCUAUCUUGAGGGCCUUGAAGAUUGCAGAAAUAAACCAGAAUCCAUUAAGUCAGCUUCGCUUGCUGAGUUCUUACAGCCCUUUGCCUCCAGUGCACUGGGGCCUAUUAGAGACCCUGAAAAAAAAGGGCAAUGAAGAUCACCAGGUCUGUGCUGCUGAUAUGAGUAUGCUGAUGUCUGCUAUAGAAACCUUAAUUCAAAAUCAUUUUAUGAGGGUGCGCUGAGCAACUGAUCAGAUGUCCACUGUGUCAGUUGCGAUACCUACUUAGGAAGCUGCAUGUUUUAAUAAAGUCAUGAUUCACCUGGCCUGUGUCCAGUCCGCAGCAUAACAUCUGCAGUUUUAUACUCAAUUGUUGAGUUUUCAGCAGUGUUACAAGUAACACGUGUAGUGAUGAAGGGUUGUGAAUUGAGAGUAUAAAAGACUGGAAUACUUUUUUGCAGGUCAUACAUAGCAGAGACACCAGUACUGCCAGCUUUCCUUGGCAGUGCUGUCUCCUUUGCAAGCCUGAAGUAUCCUCCAUGGAAGAAGGAAGAUAAUGAAGUCUGACCUUUCUGAAGCUAAUAGCUCUUUCUUGUUGCAAGAACAAUGCAAUCAUUUGGUCAGUGGGUGAUUAGUUACACUUUAGCUCACAUCACUUAGGGCACCAAAACAUAAGAAGAUACUGUAAUGAUGUUUGGUGUUAUUAAAUGAGGUUUGAUUUCACUACAAAGAUUGAGGUAAACUUGUACUGUUAGUCCUUGAACCAUUCAAUUUGGUGGUAUGUUAUCUUCUUGUAUGGUUUUUAUGUAUUGUGAGGCCAGUGUUUAUGUAGGGAAAAAAAAGAAGAAUCCCGCCUGAUAUUUUUCUGUGAAAUAGAAUCCUUCAUUCAAAGUUUUUAAUAUUUUUUGAGAUGUGACUCUUCCUCCAGUGUGUGGUAGUCUUUUUCUUAGAUCUUUUCUAUUUGAAUUUUCAGCUUUGGAGUCCUUUCUUAAUGCUAGAGAAGAAUUUGCUAGUAGUAGCUGCACUCUCCUUAAGUAAAACCCAGACUUCACUAUCUAUUUACAUUUAUUUAUUGUAUUCUAGGUUUUUAGAAUGUAAGUUUUAUCUUUGAGGUCAUAUAGUUUGCUUGUGCUAAUUACUUCCAUUUUAAUAUUUUUUGUCAAAUUAAUUUCCUUGACAUUCUAUUCUAUUCAUGCUUAGCAUGAAUUAGUCUAAGAAAGAAUCUUCCCAAAGUGCUUGGCAUCUCAUCAAGGAAAGUGAAGGAUGAAUUCCAGUGUCUGGAAAGUGUAAUAGCAUCCGAGGUAUUAAUUGUGUUACCUGAAGUAGAUCUAUGUUAGCAAUCUGGUUUUGCUAAUGACAGGCUCUUUAUUGGUUUUUGGGGGGGUUUUUUGCAUCGUAAAAAAAUAGAGCAAGUUGGCCUGGGACAUCAUGUGGUAAUGGACAAAUGUACUCUGCUAAACGUAGAUUAUAUUUGGCAAGGACAUAAAAUACAGAUUUCACACUAAGAGAAAUGUCAAAAGGAUGUAUGGGCAGGUUUUGAAUGGUAUGCAGUUACAGGUAUAGAGCCAGGAGUCCUCAGAUGCGAAGACAUAAUAGCUAUGGGAGGCUGUAUUUCCCACCAAGAUUCAAAUAGGGAAAGCACUGCUGAGGGAGGUGGUAACUGAUAACAUCUUUUGCCUCUUUGAGAGGCAACAUCUUCUAGAUGUCAGGACUCAUUUGGGGCUUUGAACUGUUGCCAGAGCCACCCACUUCCUCUGGGUGUCUGCUUGUACUUUUUUUCUACAUUAGAGGUGAAGAAGACACCAGCUAGCAAACUAAAGAAUUGUCAUUUCUUGCAGUAUAAGGUAGAAGACUCAAGCAUGAUGUGCAUUUGCCACAGUUUCCAGUGUGCUCAGAGUAGCUGGCUGUGGGGGCAUAGGAUAGUGAGGGAAGCAGUCCUGCCUUCACAGCUCAAAUUUGUGGAUGUCAGCAAAAUACUGUGCUUAACAAACACUAUGUCACUGUUACACUUUUUUUUCCCCACUAUCAGUAUUAUGGAAGAUUCAAAGCGCAUUAAUGAUUAAGAUUGGACACAAGUGCCAGUUUUUUGUCUUUUGCAGACAUUGUGUACACCAAAUGUUGUCAUGCAAUAUUUUCUAUUCUUCGGGCAAAAUGGUGUGCUAAUGAUACACAAAAGCAAAUCUACAUUGGGAUUUUUAAGAGGAUUCUUUAAGCCAUUCAGGCUUGGUGUAUACACAGUUUGCUUCUAUUUGUCUGAAGAUAGGAUUUUGCAGUCUAAAUCAGUAUAAGCCAGGUUUACAGAGAGUGUGAGCAUGCAUAUAGACACAUUUCCAUUGGCUUCAUUGGCUUGAAGUAAUAGCAUAGCUGUAGUUAAGCUAUUAUUCUUCUGUACAGAUAAAUAUUUGCUGGACACUGAUAAUACAUUAAUAAAACUUAAGGACAAAUGUAAGAAAUGGAAGCACAAAUGUAAUGUCUAUAAUUUAGAUGGAAAAUACUUUUGUUUUGCUUACAGAUUUGCCAGUUGCUCAUUACUUGCCUUUAGUCACAGUCUUGCUUCUCAGGGUGACAGAGAGUGACUUGAGGUUAAGGGGGAAGAGAGCACUUAGGGAUGACUGCAGAAGAUAAUUCUGUUUUUUCUUAUCUUACAAUUUAAAAUUGCUAUUUCUGUUUUUGAGGUGAUGGAAUAUUUUAGCAAACAGAACUCUAACGGGAAGAUUCUUGUUUUUCAAGAGGUCAACUUUGCUCUUCGAGGACAUCAAGAACACAUUGUUAUUAAGUAUAUCAUGUUUGGCAUGCCUGAAAUAUGCAUUAGUCAUUUGUAUCCACUAUAUUUUUGGUAAAUAAAUACUGUGGGAUCCACCCUGUAGCACUUUCAUUGCAAAUGUGUUCCUAAAUCCUUAUCGGUGUGAUACCACUAAAAGGAGUGGCUUCAGAUUUUGAUAUUAAAUCUUGAAAGAGGUGAUCUGUGUUUAUUUGAAAA